AUGUCUCUGUAUCUGUUUCCAGGUACACCAAGGAGAAAUAACACUUUGAACAGCGUUAUAGAAGCAGGAGGUAAUGUUGGUAAGACUACAACACUCAGUGUUACUGUGAUAGCUAACCCACUACCCACAGCUAAAUGGUCCGUCGGUGUGACGCCACUUCCUAUCAUACGAAACAGCGGCUAUCAGUUUAUUAUAAGCGGGGAGGUUAUAACCAGCUUGCCGUCAGACUUCAAGAAAUAUCACCUUUCUCUCACUAACGGGAUACCGGGAGAAUUGAUGGUCACAUUCCAGAUUCGCUCAGAAGAUAUUCCGUACACAGCUAAAGCAAGCCCCGCGUUCAGUCUGCCUGCUAUAAUACUAUCAGUUAUUGUCGUCAUUUUGACCGUAGCGCUUGUCAUCGUCAUAUCGGUAAAGAGAAGGCGUAGGGCUGAACCUGCACAGGAGCAACGUUGUGAAGUUCCAACUAGAGAUCAAGAACUUCAAGACAUUGCCAACCCGACAGGCUUCCAAUGCAGUGCUGUACAAGAACAAGAGCAUGUAUAUGCUUCUGUGGAUGACGGGAUCACAGACCUUCAGGAGAUCCCGGGCAAAGCAACAAGGAAUGAACACCAAAUCACGGCCAAUAUAAAUGGAGCUGAUGACAAGUACCUGAAGAUAGAACAACCGAGAGGUGGCGCUGGUGUGGUAAUAGAUGAUGACAAGUACAUACAGAUGAAACAACCCAAAGGUAAAG